UUCUUCAUUUACUCUCACACACGCAUUCACGCCUCGAAGUCCUCCACCGCAUUCAACCUCCAUCUGAAGUUAGUUUCAGUGCUUCCGUAUCGCCCAUCUCGUCUCUCUCCUGCUUCCUCUCCGCAUCCAUCUGGGUUUCCGUUUUCAGUUGAUCCAUCUGCAAUUCUCAGCUUCUUCAAUCGCGCUAAAAGCAGCUCACAGUUCUCCUCCCCGAUAUAUAAUACCCUCCACCCACUUUCAGAAGCUCUAAGUUUCAUGUUUCUGCAACUGUUCUAGCCUGUUUUGAUCUUCUAAAACUGGGUCGCUCGAUUUUCUCUGUUCUUUGACGAUACCUUUAUAAAAGCUCUCCAAGCAUGUAAAUUUGCCUAAUUUUCGUUUUUCAAUCCCAGAAAAAAAAAAAGAAAACCCAAAAAAAGAUUUUUUUCCUCAUUUUUCAGUAUCAGGAGUUAUCGGUUUCUUCUCAUCUGUAGUAGUUAAACUGGCUUGUUCAGUUCUCAUUAUUCCUUAGUGGCACAUUUAUAAAAUCCUACGAAACAUGUAAUUUCAGUCUAGUUUCUAUCUGCCAUCUCCACCCAGAAAAAAAAAGCCAAAAAAAAGUCUUUUUUUUUGUUAUUUUUCAUGUAUCUUUGAGGAAUUUCACUAUCCUAGUGUCAUCAGUCCUGGAAAAAAUUCAGUUCAUCGUGUAGCAGAAACUCUAUAAAAACCUGCAAAUUAUGUAAUCUUCCAUCUUCUCUAGCUAAUCAGUCCCAGGCUCCCAGCCAAACUCCUUAAAAAAUCAAAAACAGAAAAAAAAAAAUUCUAUCUUGUAUCUUCAAGAGCAGCUGAAAGUAUAAUGGCGGAAGAGAACGGAACGCCGACGAGGUCGGCACCGGCAACCCCGGGGACACCAGGAGGGCCGCUGUUCUCGGCGAACAGAGUUGACUCGCUGUCGUACGAGAGGUCCGAUAGGAAAACGAUGCCGCGAUGCAAGUGCUUUCCCGUUGGAGAUCCAGCUCUGGGUUCGACUCACUCGUGUUUCACCGACAUUCCCACGCCUGACGUCUCCCUCACCCGGAAGUUGGGAGCUGAAUUUGUGGGAACCUUCAUCCUUAUGUUUGCGGCAACAGCGGGGCCAAUAGUGAACCAGAAGUAUAAUGGGGCGGAGACACUCAUUGGAAACGCGGCCUGUGCAGGCCUCGGCGUGAUGGUCGUGAUCCUGUCGACCGGCCAUCUCUCCGGAGCCCACCUCAAUCCAUCGCUCACUAUAGCUUUUGCGGUGUUCCGGCACUUCCCUUGGGUGCAGGUGCCUGCGUAUAUCGUUGCACAAGUUUCAGCGUCCAUUUGCGCCUCUUUUGCCCUCAAAGGUGUCUUCCAUCCUUACUUGUCCGGUGGAGUUACCGUCCCCUCCGUCAGCCACGGCCAGGCUUUUGCUCUCGAGUUCAUCAUCACAUUCAAUCUCCUGUUCGUCGUCACUGCUGUUGCCACUGACACCCGUGCGGUGGGAGAAUUAGCAGGAAUAGCAGUUGGGGCAACAGUGAUGCUUAACAUUCUGAUAGCCGGGCCAUCGAGCGGAGGUUCCAUGAAUCCGGUGAGGACGUUGGGACCGGCGGUUGCCGCCGGGAACUACAGGGCGCUGUGGGUCUAUCUGGUGGCACCAACUCUUGGGGCCGUGGCAGGAGCGGGUGUCUACACUCUGGUGAAGCUGCGAGAGGACGAAGUGGAGCCAUCACGGCCGGUCAGGAGUUUCCGUCGUUAAGCGCCCGGUCUCAUCUGGGCGGGGGCCUUAGUGGUGUUUGCUGUUGUGAUUAAGAUGGGACGUGACAGUAGUAGUGAGCUCUGAAAUAAUGGUUGCUUGUUUGGUUGUUGGCAUCCCAUCAAUCUAUGUCGUUGACAUGGGUGGAGAUGCAUUGACUGGAUGUGUGAAGGUGAAUGUUUGUCGUCGCAUUAUAGUGGGUUGAGCCAUGAACCUACUGUGAUAUUAGCUUUGCUUUUGUUACGUUUGUGUGGUUGUGUGAUGUUUGGAGUUUGGAAUAAAAAAAGUGAGAUGAUUCGUGUUUGU